AUGGCCUUACGGUUCCUCGAGAGGGAUAACCUAUCAUGCGAAGCAUCAACCCCACUAUCGGCAAGUCUCCUGGACCAAGAGGUGGCAGAAUUCCUCCCAGAGAUCAACGAGGCCAGUGCAUCGCUCCUGAAACAGGUCGGUGAGGAAGCGGACGUCAGCGCCGUCUACAAGACGGACAGCACCAUCAGCGAGCGCAAGGCAACGGGCGACGACGACGAUGACGACGAUACCUAUUCGGAUCUGCUGAUUCCGCAGAACAGUAUUAAGGAAUUGGACGAAGCCGAGGAAGAGGAGCAAUCCAACGCGUCCAGCAGCGACGAGUUGUUGCUCGGCGGUGGCGAUCUGCCAAGCCACUCCGGUGAGAUUAGAUUUAAGAGUGGCCAUUUCAAUGCCAACACUUCCUCCGAUUCGGACGAUAGCAUCUCGCGAGGUUUGAGCUUCGACGACGUACCCGACAAUGCGGGUAGUAAAAAACGAAGCUACCAUCAUCCGCAGCAGCCACAGUAUCAACUGUUGGAGCAGCGGUCCCAACAACCGGUGCAGCAGGAUCAACUGGCCAGUCUGGCGGGAAGUUUGCUAUCGGGCGGUGUGCUUAGCUACCUUACCUCUGCCAUGGCCAGCGCUUCGGCAAUGAGCCAGUCCCAUCCGGCUCCGAGCCUCACCAGGCACCCCAAUCGGAUGACGGUUUCCUCGGCAAGUGGCGACAGGCGAACGUUCGCCGGAGAUUCAACCGACGAAGACGAGGAUAGCGACUUUGAAAUGCUGAACCCGGACGAGCUGAACAAUGUGUAA